CCAACCUUUUCUUUAGGUACUCAACAGUCCGGCAUUUCUGGCUCGCAUAAUCACAGUCAGCAUCAACAAGGCGGUGUGAUGGGACAGGGUGUUCAACCGAGACGCGGAGUUUCGCAGCGCGGGGGGCCGCCGCCUGUCGAUUCAGCGCCAUCAAUUCAAAAUCACGUCGGUGCAAUCAUUGGAACGGGCGGCAAUAAUGUUAGAGAAAUCACAAAAGAAUCAAAGGCUCGCGUCGUUGUUGACGUACAGCGUACAGUCAAGGAUCAGCAGGGACACAGUGAGAAAAUAAUCUCAAUACUUGGCCACUUGGAGAAUUGCUCAAAGGCAUUUUACUUGAAGUAUUUAGUACAAUUAGAACUGAAAAUCAGAGCUCAUAAUCAGCUGGUCGGACGUCUGAUUGGAAAACAAGGCGCAACUAUCAAAAGAAUCAUGCAAGAUACUGGAACCACUAUUUUCGUUUCAAAGUGGGUUCAUGUAGUUUCUUUACUGGUUUUCCAUUUAACCAUUACUCUCCUUACAAUGGAGCGCACAAUUACUGUGAAAGGACCAAGUAUAGAAGUGGUACGUCUCAUGUCCUUCACUGGGAUUCCUGCAAUGCCGGGCAUGAUUCACCCAAUUGGUGAUGCCUAUGCAGCACUAGCUGCAUCCACAAUGCGUCCCAUUGGAGGUCCAAUGUGUGGAGUUGGUGGACGUGUAGAUGUUCCCAAAACCACUCGAAUGUGGGUUCCCAACUCCAUGGUCGGUGCUAUUAUUGGUAGUAAGGGAGGUAAUAUACGUAAUAUCAUUCGGAAUUCGGGUGCAAAUGUGCGAAUAGAGGGAGGCGGAGAGCGUAAAGAAGCUGAACGGAAGGAGGAACCAGAAAAGAAAGAGGAGGGUAGUGGUGAUGCACAGUCACAUGGUGAAGGAGAAGAAAAAUUUCUUCAGGAUGGCGAGCGUCUUGUUACCAUCACCGGAAACGAUGCGCAGCAAUACCGAGCACAGUUCUUGAUAUUCAAUCGUGUUGCGGAGCAAUCGCAGCAUCUUAUUGACGAGGUAAGUGUAAAACUACGAACGGAAUUGACAGUCCCGUCUCGUUUAGUAGGUAGAAUCAUUGGUAAAGGUGGCCAAAAUGUGAGGGAGUUGCAACGCAUAACGGGAGCUUCCGUAAGCCUAGAUUUUGACUAUAUUUAUCAAUUUACUUUUAGCAUAGUCUAUCGCCACAGAUUUUUUUUAUUCACUAUAGUUCGAAUCGUAGGCAAUUUCUUGGCCACUCAAAGCGUACAGGUUCGCAUUGGACAGCUCAUCGCUGAUUUCCAACGCGCAACAAAUCUACAUGGUGAUAGGCGCAAAGAAGAGCCACAAGGUAUUGCUUUGAUCGAUUGA